AUGGGCCGCUUACUUGCUGUGUGCUUUGCAGUAUCCGCUACUCUGUCGGCGAGCCUGGACAAUGGGCUUGCGCGUACACCCCCAAUGGGUUGGAUGACGUGGGAACGCUACCGAUGCAUCACCGACUGCUCCGCAACCCCUUCGCGUUGCAUCAAUGAACAGCUAAUCAAGGACAUGGCCGACCGUAUUGCAGAGGAUGGAUGGCUGGAAGCGGGCUACACGCAGGUCAGUAUUGAUGACUGCUGGGCAAUGCCCGAGCGUGACGACAAGGGCCAGCAAGUUGCAGAUCCUUCCCGAUUCCCAUCGGGCAUGGCCGCUAUAGGGCAGUACAUCCACAGCCGUGGCCUGCAGUUCGGGACCUACAGCGACAUUGGGUCCAAGACGUGCGCCGGGAAAGUCGGGCUUCAAGGGCACUUUGACGAGGAUGCCCGCUUGUUCGCCUCAUGGGGCGUAGACUACAUCAAAGUUGAUGGUUGCUACGAGGAACUCAAGGACAUGCAGACCGAUUAUCCUGCUUUCGGUGCAGCUUUGAACAAAACAGGGCGGCCAAUAGUGUACAGCUGCAGCUGGCCCGCGUAUUUGCCUCAUCAUUGCGAGGGCAGUGACGCUUGCAUGGCGUCGUUGAUGCACAACUGUAAUCUAUGGCGCAACUAUGGGGACGUUGACGACAGCUGGCAGAGUGUGGCAGACAUUGUGAAUUUUUGGAAAAGGCGGAAUGGCACUGACGAAAUGGUCCGAGCAGCCGGACCUGGACACUGGAAUGACCCAGACAUGCUUAUUGUCGGCAACUUCGGUUUAUCACAUUCAGAAGAGCAGACGCAGUUUGCCCUGUGGGCAAUCUUCGCAGCACCACUUUUCAUGUCGAACGACCUGCGGGCGAUUUCAACUGAAUCCAAAGAGAUCCUCCAAAACCGGGAAAUCAUUGCCGUGAACCAGGACCCUCUGGGCAAGCAGGGCUUUUGCGCGGCUGGCUGUGAUGGCGACUUGCGUGUUUGGGUGCGUGAACUCGCAGGCCAGGAGGCCGCAAUGGUGCUCCAAAACGCGGGUACAGGAGGAGAUGGUAGCAACAUCACCAUCGAUUCCUCAAUGAUCUCAUGGUUUGCUCCACAUUCCUCAUUCGCUGCCCGCGACCUCUAUGCAAAGACCGACCUGGGAGUGUUCUCCGGGCACUUAACACUGUUCGUCCACGUGAGCUCUUGCAGGAUGCUUAGGCUGGCGCCGAAGCAGGUGCAGAGCGUCUUCGUUUGA